AUGUCACUUGUCAGAGUGAACCGUUAUGGUACCCGAGGAGGAAGGAAAGCGCUGAAAGUAAAGAAGAAGAAAACGUCAGUGAAGCAAGAAUGGGAUUUUAUUUUUAUUUUGAGAGAGAGCGAGCAUGCAGCAUGAGCGGGGGAGGGGCAGAGAGAGAGAGAGAAGGAGAGAGAGAACCACAAGUAGGCUCCUUGCUGUUAGCACAGAGCCUGACUCCGGGCUUGAACCCAUGAACUUUGACAUCGCGACGUGAGCCGAAACCAGGAGUCAGACACUCAACUGACUCAGAAUACUGUGAAUGAUCUUACAGUUCAUCGGGCAACUCCUGAGGAUCUGAUACGUCGUCAUGAAAUACACAAAUCAAAGAACAGAGCAUUAGUACACUGGGAACUGCAAGAAAAAGCUUUGAAGAGAAAAUGGAAGAAGCAGAAACCAGAAAUUUCUCAUCUUGAGAGAAGGAGAUUAUCUAUCAUGAGGGAGAUUCUUUCUGAUCAAUACCAGAUGCAGGAUGUUUUGGAAAAAUCUGAUCAUUUGAUGGCUGAAGCAAAAGAUCUAUUUGUUGAUUUUCCUCGUAGGCGCACAGGGUUUCCGAAUGUAACAGUGGCUCCUGAUUCCUCUCAGGGUCCCAUCGUGGUAAAUCAAGACCCUGUCACCCAGGCCAUUCUUAGUGAAUCUGUCAUAGAGCCUCAGGCUCUUAAUGAAGUAGAUGAUGAAGAAGAAGGAACCGUUAACAGCCAGUCUGGAGAAAGUGAGAAUGAAUUGGAUAACUCUAUCAACUCUCUGUCAAAUACGAAUGUAGACAGGUUUCUCCACCAACUAAAGGAAGAUAAUUCUGACUUAAUUAAAAAAUUGUGGACUGAUAUUCAGCAGAAAAUAACAGCACAGUCACAAGUAACAACCCUUCCAGAAACUCCAUCAUCUGCUCCUCCAUCAGGGGAACAAAACGGUUUGCUCCCCCAUUGUCUUACUUCUCCCAGAACAGUGACUUGUUUUACUGCUCUGAAUGCUACCAAUGCUGUCAAGAGAAUCCACACCAGGCUUCAAUCUGAAGAAUCUACUGAGACUCUAGACUCAAGCUAUGUUGUGGGACAAGUGCUGAACUCAAGGAAGCAAAAACAGUUGUUAAAUAAAGUGAAAGGAAAACUGGAUUCUCGUGCUCCUUCCAAGCAGAAAAAGAGCAUACUAACAGCUAGCACAGCCUCCACAGACUUACCAAAUAGCAAUAAUUCCAGCCUGGAUGUCCUCAAACACAUGAUAAAUGAAGUGGAACAUGAAAUGGAAGAAUAUGAACGGUGUACAGGACGUGAGGUCAAGGGACUGCAAAGUAGUCAGGGUCUCACAGGCUUCACUCUGUCUCUGGUGGGCUCCCUCUGUCGCCUGGUUCGGUACCUUAAAGAGAGUGAGCUCCAGCUGCGUAAAGAAGUGGAGACAAGGCAGCGACUGGAACAAAUGUUAGGUGAUCAUCGAGAGCUCAUUGAUGCUCUUACAGCUGAAAUUCUUCUUCUCAGAGAAGAAAAUACCGCAACCCAGGCAAGGCUUCAGCAGUACAUGGUCACAACAGAUGAGCAACUUAUAUCGCUCACACAUGCCAUGAAGAACUGUCCUGUGAUAAAAAGCAAUGAAGAAAAUCAGGCAUCAGAAAGGGGAUCUACGAGUAGGAAAAUUAUAGACAGUCCAGAGGGCCCAGCUGUAAAUGCUGAUGUCUCUGUGCCGUUGGUGUUCCGAGGGGAAGAAGUGGCUGCAUUGGCACAGGAAGACUUGCCUGUUAAACUGUCUCAGGUGCCAGCCCCGCCGGGUAGUGCGAACGUGGCCACCAGUUUUCCGGCACAUGUAUUUGAGCCAGCUGUGUUGUUAACACCACCCAGGCAGAAGAGCAGCUCCGGAUUCUCUCCCUUGCAGGAAGUAUUGAGGAGGACUGUUCAAACUCGCCCUGCUCCACAAAUUCCUCCAACUGUGGAAAUAAUUGAGAAGGAACAAAAUUGGGAAAGGAAGACUUUAUCUACUGGCACAGACAAUCAGAAUCCAAAUGAAGAAAGUCACCUCUUCACUCAGAGGUGGAGGGUCUCUCACAUGGGGGAAGAUCUGGAGAACAAAGUCCAGGCUCCUUUUGUUAACCUCUCACAGCCCUUCUAUAGUUCCCAUUCACACACUCAGCAGGCCAGAAACCCCGAGUUCUCAGAAGAGCCCCCGGUACUGGGAGAGGGGCAACAGCUUAGAGCAAAUGAGGCAUUAAUACAAAGAAAGGACAUCAUGGCCCGGUUCGCAGAGUUGACACUGCAGAACUCAGCUAUCAAAGCACAUCUGAAUAAUAUUAUUGGGCCAGGAGGAGAGCAAGGGGAUGGACUUCGGGAAUUAAACAAACAAGAGACCAGUCAUGCAAGCGACGUGGCUGCAACUUAUCCAACAACACAGCCUUUCACACCAAGUAGCAUGGAGGAACGGAUUGCAGAAUUGAAUCGGCAGAGUAUGGAGGCUCGUGGAAAACUCUUGCAGUUAAUAGAGCAACAGAAACUUAUUGGUUUGAAUCUUUCUUCCCCACCAGUAUCACCUAUUCCAUCACCUCUCAGAGCAUGGACUGAAGGAGGAAAGAGGACGAUUGAAGUAUCCAUUCCAGGAGCAGAAGCCCCAGAAAGCUCAAAAUGCAGUACUAUCUCUCCUACCAGUGGGAUAAAUUCAAGAAGGUCUUCAGGGGCUACUAGUAAUUCUUGUUCUCCAUUAAAUGCCACCUCAGGAAGUGGGCGAUUCACUCCUGUUAAUCCAAGAGCAAAGAUUGAGAAGCAAAACGAAGAAGGCUGGUUUGCUCUUUCUACCCACGUGUCGUAAAUGAAGUUAGUUGUACAGUUUGUUCUUGGUAGCAUGUUCUUGAACUUCCACUCCCAUAUCCCUGCCCCUGCUUGCAAGUUUUCAUGUCCCUUUAGAUAAAACCUUCAAAGAUCUUGUGACUUAGUACUUAUAGAACAAAGAAUAAAGCAGUUAUUUCAGUUUG